AUGGUUCGCAUUGCUGCCGUCACCGCUCUGGCCUUUGCCGUGUUUGCCUUGGCAACCCCUGCCGUCCAGGACACGCAGGUCCUCAAAGAUAAUGGCAAACCGCUGUCCUCGGAUGAGAUGAAGCAGCUCCAAAAGAUAGACGAGGAGAGCGAACCCGUCGUUAACAAGUUGACGGCGACGUUCGACGACAAACAGAAGGAUAUGGAUAAGAAGCUCGCUGACUUGCAAAAACAAGUGGGCGAGCUAGGGGAGCAGUCUCCAGAAAACGAUAAGAAGUUCGAGGACCUGGAUCGCCAGAUCAAUCAGACCAUCAGUGAUAUGAAGGCUUCGUUCAAUGAGACACAGCAACAGCUGGACGCUAAACUCACCGAGCUAGAUAGCAAAGCGGAUCCAUUGUUUACGGGCGCAAAGUAG